GAAUUAUGCUGCCUGAUUUAAACAGUCUACAACAUCGCGUCACAAAAACAAUCAAUUGACUAAGCACAGCUAACAAAUAAAGAUGAAUCAUGCAGAUUUUAGCCAUCGAACUUCCGUAAUCGUUUGUUGCGCCAACUUCAAAACAACCGGACACCUAGUUUUAAGCGAAGUUGAGUAAACAACAUAAAAAUAGCUAUCUUCCAAACCACUUUUGGUUACCGUUGUUCAAAUAAUUUACCAUAGUUUUGACGUAUAAAGAGGUCUAAAAAUGUUUGAAGUCGACAACGAACUUCCCGAAAUGGAAGUUUUUGUUAGAGAAGAAGUGAAUUUGGAGAUUCUUCGGAAAUACGAAGGUUGUAUUCGGAAACUGAAGAUCGAUUUGAACUCGGGUGCUAUGGAGUACUCGAAUGAAGCAGCUGAUGAAGACCUAGAGAAGACGGUGGUUUGUGCUGGGGAUAGAAAGUGCUAUGGGGUUAUUUAUGGAAUUAUUGGAGUUUUCAAAGCACCGCCUUCUGACUUGCUGUGCUUGCUUGUGAUAACAGACGUUAAGAAACUAUUCACGCUUCCCUCUCCGAUCGGAAAACCAGUUUACGCAGUCACAAACAUCUCCAUAAUCAGAAUAAACAGAGGUGCCAUAGCCACAGAAGACAUGCAACAACUGGCUAAGAGCCAGUUCCACCCAACGCCUUCCCAACUCCAAAAUCCCCAGCCAACUCAACAACCCAGCGGUGGGGGUAAUGCUACUUCAGCACAGCGGGGUCCAGCUGUUAAUAGUAGUUUUGAAGGGGGCGCUUCGAGUACAGAAGCGAAACUAGCGAGGGAGGUGAAGAAGUUGUUUUGCGAUGAGAGUUCACGAGCGAGGACUGAUUUCUUUUUCGUUCCAGACGGUAAUUUGUGCAGUACUUACCAAAGACAUUGCGCUGAAAACAAGCAGCAAGCAGAGGAAACAAAUGACAUGUUCUUCUGGAAUAAGGUUAUGUUGCAACAUCUACCCCCUGAGUCAACCCCAGUAGACGGCGGGGGCUUCGGAGUCCGGUUGAUUCAUGGGUUCGCAACCCACUUCACGAUGACAAUAGAAGAGGAAGAUGUGAGCCAGAAUGUUCCGGACUACAUGCGAGAAUCGUUCAAAUUCAGCCAGUCAAAGACAGUUUCUAUUUUCCUCAUUUCGAGAAGGUCACGACACCGCGCAGGCCGCAGAUACAAGCGAAGAGGAGUUGACGAAGAUGGCAAUGUGGCAAACUUCGUAGAAACUGAGACAGUGAUCUACGGACAGAACACGAAGUUCUUCAGUGCAUUUGUGCAAGUGAGGGGAUCGAUCCCACUCUACUGGACUCAUGAGCUGACGGGGGUCAAGUACCAGGCACAGAUGAAGAAGUGCAGAAGUGUACAGGACAACAACUCUGCCUUCAAGAAGCACUUUGCGACUCUGAAGCAGAUGUAUGGGUCGAGAGUGGCUGUGGUCAAUCUAGUGGCAGAGGAGAAAGAGAAGCUAUUGUGGAAUAUAUUUGCAGAGGCCAUCGCAGAUUUGAACUCGCCUGACCUCUACUACGUCAGCUACGACUACCACGCACACUCUAAACGAGCACCUGCUGAUGAGUUGGAAAAAUAUUUCUUGCUCAAUUUCAAAAGAAUCCAAAGUGAUAUCGGCUUCAGUUACGGUGACAGUCAUGGUCUGGUCAAGUUCCAGAAAGGCGUGUACAGAAUAAACUGUGUUGAUUGUCUAGACAGAACCAACGUGGUCCAGCGAUGGCUAGCUGAAAGUGUAGUGAAAGACGAAAUGGUCAGGAUCGGAUGUUUACUUCCAGAAGACAACGUUCCUCUGAGGCUGAAAACUGCUUUGAAAAAUAUGUGGCAUGAAAAUGGAAACACAAUCAGUAGGCAGUACACAGGAACGGAUGCUCUUAAAGGAGACGUGACCAAAACAGGAAAGCGUGAAAUGACAGGGUUCCUAAGAGACGGCGUCAAUUCCUUAGAAAGACGUUACGUAAUGGCACAGUUUAGAGACUCAAUUUUGCAAUGUGUCAUUGAUCUUUUGACAUUGGGCUAUUCUGACGAACCAGGGUUUAGUAUAGAGUCUCAAAUUGUAGAAGUUGCCAAGAAGCGAAUCGACCAGACGGAUGAGUUCUGGAGUGCCUGGAUAGUUGAUCACAUGGAAUCGCAUGUCGAAUUGUCAUCCCAGAACCCUCGCAACAGAUUGUUUCCCGUAAAUUGGACCUUAUCUAAGGGUUCUGAAGAUAUAGUUACGUUUCACGUGCUGAUGGUCUGCAGUAAUAAUUUCUACUUAGUCUACGUUCAGAACCGACUUGAGAAAUUGAAAGUCGUCAAGUGUUUCAAAGUGCCAAUUCGUGAUCUGGAAUCCCUCGCGUUUGGAACUAUUCUUAACUCUGGAUCAGAAAUUUGCUGUCUUCAAAUCUUUCAUCCAAUACCAACAACAGCGUCGGGAAUUACAACAACGAAUCAGAUUACGCUCAAACCAGUUGAUCUAGACGAGGCGACCCUUGGAAACCCAGUUCCUAAGAGCAGCGAUACUGAAGGAGACAUGAAACCUAGUAAUUCCGAUGAAGAUCUUCAAAUGCAGUUAACCAACCCGGAAAAUUGUUCCGACGAGUAUUCAAAAUCGAGAGCAACAGUUGAUAAAAUUGUAGAAGAUUUCGCCAAAGCAAGGUCGAGGUUGUCGCUUAGCAUAAAAGUAAAGUCAGGUCAACUCGAAGUGGCGUCUGCUGAACAUCUAUCCAUGAUUAAUCCAUCUCGUAAAAUGAGCGCGCAAAAUGCGGCAGAUAAAUUGAAAGGAUUUUUGACAGCUGGUGUGAACAGAACCGAAUCGAACAUUGAAAGAACUAGAAGUUCAGAAGAUGUUCAAAUGCAAAGUGAUUCUAGAAGCUACUCUCAAAAUACUAAUUCGAUGUUUAUGAAAUCGUCGCAGUUUUUGAACAGAAUCAAACCGAAGGAGUUCCUGGGGCGUUUCCAAAAUGGGAACAGUAAUAGUAACAGUAAUGCGAAUGAUGAAACAGAUCGUUUUAAUAGAAUGUCCCAAAGUGGGCUUCGGAGACAAUCAAUUUCAGACUCGAAUCUGAGUUCCAAUGAUUCUAUUCUUAACAUUGAGCUAGCUAACUCCUCUAUCACUGACACUAAUGAUACUACAAGUACAAGAGAUUCUCAGGAAAAUAUUGGGCCAUAUAAAAUGUCAACUGUGAAAGUUGAGAACGAAUUGGCAACUAAUGGCGCCAAACUGCAAGUUGUCGAAGUGCAAGAGUAUGUAAGUGUGCAACACGACCAGAAGACUUUAGUAAAAAGGUUGCAGAGCAAAGAUUGCAAAACCAUGGUCUGUUUUCUGUGAUUAUUUAUCUCUACUUGUUAUACCUUUUUCAACUAAAUUGUAAUACUGUAAAUAAUACGCAAUUAGCUUUUAGUUAUGAAUGCCUACUUACGAAAGGACGGAUUUUCUUAGAAUGUUUGAGAAUUUUUUUCUCGGCCAAGACUUCGAAUUUUUUCCUUACAUUAGAGCGCCGCAAUGUGCUUUGUUUUCUCAUGAUCUCAACGUCAAAUUUAUAGUUUUUAAAGUUGACUCUCAAAUUUUGCUACUUUAGCUCGAUAUUGAGCCACAAGCCAUAUGAAAACGAAGUCAAAAAUUAAUCUGCCAUUUAAACGGAUUGAUGUCUGGUUAAUUUUCCAAGAAUUUUUUGUGGUGCUAGUUCUAGCUGUAAAUUUUGAUUUAAAAAUUUCAAAUUAUUUGAUAUUCAAUAUUGUAUGCAUAUGUUUGCUUUGGGAAUGAAAUUAUUUAUUUAAAAAGCUUAGAUUUUUUAUCCAA